UGAGUAAUUAGGUCUUGUACUAAAUUUGCUCACAAAGGAAUUGGGCAUUUUUAGGGAUAAUCUGCAAAUUAAAAUGAAUGAAACUGCAUGGGAAUGGUUAGAAAAAUUGAAAACAAUUUUUUCAUGGUAAAAUUGUAAUUUGAAAUUAUUUUCUACAAAAUAGUCGCAUAAACUGCAUUACUCGUGUAUUGUUCACGACGAGCAAAUGAAAGACGUCAUUUGAGCUCAACUUGACAGAUCGACUUCGAUACAUUCAAAACAGAGGCACACAGAGAUUGAAACUCUGUAAAAGGUGUUUUUGAGUUUCAUCGAGCACUCUUUUCAUGGGAUUCAAAUUACAAAAUAAACUCAACGCACUGCAUCAACGAAAAGGCAACGAACCGAACGUAUUCUCAUUUAAUCAUCAAAUAAAAUGGGACUGAUGUCAUUGUUGCGUAAUGGAAGUCUCCACCGACAAAUCAGACAAACAUUGGCAGCACGCUCAUAUUCAGGUUAUGUUGUUUUAUUGCCGGAAAUUGGUGAGGACGACCCGAAAUUGAAUCCAUUCAUAAAGGACGAUGGAUUUCCGGAGUUUGCCAAUGUAUCGAUUGAUCGUUGUUUGCGUCGAAUCGGUGGCCAGGCGAAUGCGCUUGAGAAUGAAGUGAAAAAAGGCGAAGAAUACUUGCAACAGACCAAUGAAUCGGGCAAACCAUUGAAUCUGAACGAUUUUUUCGAAAAUGUUCUGCAUCCGAUCGAAACAGCUGAUAAAGAGCUAGUCGCCAGUUGGGGCUUAUCGAAAACGGUAUUCCAUGGCAAUAACGUCAUAUUUUCAACCAAAAACUUUUUGUCACUGCAUCAGCGAGCACGCAAAGCCAACCUCAGCAAAUAUCAAAGUAGACCGAUCUAUGAGGCUGUGAAACAGCUUCGAAGCAGCAAUGAAUUGACCACCGAACAGAAAAAACUGUUUGACAUGUAUCUGUUGGAGGGCAAACUGUGUGGCAUUGAAAUCACCGACGAGACUGAUCAAGGUGAAUUGGCGUAUCGACAGUUGAAAUUGUCCGAAGAGAUGAUUACAUACGAAUCAAAAGUGUAUGUUGCCGUUGAUCAUUUCUCACACACCGUCAACGAUUAUACGCUGAUGCAAUCAUUUCCGCAAGAAUUCCUGCAAACCGUUGCGACCGAUGCGAGAAAUCCGUUGAACGGACCGUGGAAAAUCAAUUUGAAACCGCACAUUUUGAAGACAUUCUUGACAUACUGUCCGGAUCGUGAGCAAUGCUGGAAUGUGUGGCAGGCUGAUUGCAAAAAGGCAUCACGGCAAGUGGUCACCGAAUUGGAUAACAGCGGCCAUUUGGAAUGGAUUCGAGAUCAUCGCAAGCGAAUCAGAGAAUUGUUGGGCUAUUCAACGCAUGUCGAACUAAAGCGAGAUCGGCUACUGUUGAGCGGCACCGAAAAACCACAAACCAUUCUCAAUGAGUUACGGUCGUAUGCAAAGCCAACUCAGUUCAAGGAGAUCAAUGAGUUGAGCGAUUUUGCCAUUCAAAGCGGUUUUCGGUCACAUCAAAUCGAAGAGUAUGACAUACCAUACUGGAGUCGCAAAUACAACAUAAGCGUAUGCAAAUAUGAUGAGAAUUUGGUACAAGAAUAUUUUCCCAUUGAAAAAGUGUUUGGCGGUUUAUUUGGUCUGGCCGAAAAGCUGUUUGGCAUCAAAAUUGUCGAACGAAAUACGGACACCAGCACCCUUGGAUGGCACAAAGGAGUCAAAUACUUUGAUGUGUUUGACACACGAAAGAACAGUCUGCGCACCGAUUCAUCACAACCAAUUGGCGGCUUCUUUUUGGAUGCAUUCAGUUCGCCCGACGAAGAGCACACAUUCACUGAACCAACCGGCUAUGUUGUGCCAAUUAGAGAGCACUGUAGCCGAACAAAUGCAACGCCGCUAGUAUCAUUGAUUUACAAUUUCAAUGCACCGCUGUACGGCAAACCGCACACUCUCAAAUUAAAAGAGGUUCAAGUGGUCUUCAGCAAAUUUGCGAAUGCAUUGCAGAAAAUCUUGAAUGAAAGUAAUUACCGUGAACUGUCCGGUCUUAUUAACAUUGAAUAUGUUAAUGACAAAGUGUGCUCGGGCGUGUUUAGCAAUCUAUUGUACCGUAGCGAUGUAUUGAAAUCGAUUUCCGAACAUAUAAGCACAAAAGAACCACUGACCGAUGAACACAUCAAAGCCAUUCAAGCGCAACGCCUAUCACUUGCCGGCUACAAUUUGUCCACACAACUGUUUCGGUCUGCUCUCGAUUUGGAACUGUAUUCAACGCAACAAUUUUGGCUGGAAAUUAUGCGAAAAAUUUACGCUAAAUACUUUAUUUUCGAAUUGGACAAACGUGAUUCGCGACUGCUGUCAAUGUUAGAUAUUGUUGUGGGCAAUUGGUCGGGUUGCUAUUUUGGUUUGGUGUGGUCGGAUUUGAUGGCCGCCGAUAUUUGUGAUGCAUUUGAUAAAGAUUGGACAAGCACAGCUGAUGCAGAUGACACAGCCGCCAAAACGGGUCAACGAUUCCGCGACACAUUCUUGGCGUCCGGAUCGAACACCGAUUCAUUAGAACUGUUUCGAAAUUUCCGCGGACGAGAUCCAGCCAUUGAUGCACUCGUCACACAAUUAAAACUCCAGCAACAAGCUAAAAUCCAAUAAAUACCAAUUUUGUGUGAAAAUAUUACAAUAAUCUAGAAUUUGAUUUUAAAUAAAUUUUAGCCAUUAUAUAA